GCCCGAGCCCAUCCGAGCCAUGUCUGGGGAAUUGGAGAUCAUGGAGUCGCAGGUGAUGUGGGAGCCGGACUCCAAACGCAACACCAAUAUGGAUCAGUUCCGGGCAGCGGUGGCUGCUGCUUAUGGCAUCCACCUGGCCAACUAUAAUGAAUUGUACCAUUGGUCGGUGGAACAUUAUCCAGAUUUCUGGGCAGAGUUUUGGAAUUCCAGCGGGAUUGUCUUCUCCCGGUUGUACGACGAGGUGAUUGACCCUUCGAAGGGGAUCGCGGACGUUCCGGAGUGGUUUAAAGGCAGCCGGUUAAACUAUGCAGAAAACCUCUUGAAGCAUAAGGAGAAUGACAAAAUUGCCCUCUACGCUGCGCAGGAAGGCAAGGAAGAAGUCCUGAAGGUGACUUUUGAAGAGCUACGGCAGCAGGUCGCUCUCUACGCCGCCGCUAUGAGGAAGAUGGGGGUGCAGAUCGGGGACAGAGUGGUUGGUUACUUGCCGAACGGCAUCCACGCGGUGGAAGCCAUGUUGGCCGCCGCGAGCAUCGGCGCCAUCUGGAGCGCAACGUCGCCGGACUUCGGCAUCAAUGGUGUACUGGACAGGUUUUCUCAAAUUCAGCCCAAGUUGAUCUUCUCUGUUGAGGCCGUCAUUUACAACGGGAAAAAGCAUAACCACCUGGACAAGCUUCAGAACGUCGUAAAGGGACUCCCAGAUUUAAAAAAAGUAGUGGUGAUCCCAUACGUUUCCUCGAGAGAAUCCGUAGACAUUUCCAAAAUUCCGCACAGCACCUUUCUAGACGACUUCCUCGCAGCAGGCAAGGGGGAUCAGGCCCCGCAGCUGGAGUUUGAACAGCUUCCCUUCAGUCAUCCUCUUUUUAUCAUGUAUUCAUCCGGCACAACGGGAGCUCCCAAAUGCAUGGUUCACUCAGCAGGGGGGACGUUGAUUCAGCACUUGAAGGAGCACAUUCUCCACGGCAACAUGACCAGCAGCGACAACAUCAUGUACUACACAACGACUGGCUGGAUGAUGUGGAAUUGGCUGGUGUCCGCCCUUGCUGUAGGUGCGUCGGUGGUCCUCUAUGACGGGUCGCCGCUUGUCCCGUCCCCCAACGUCCUGUGGGAUUUGAUUGACCGGCUUGGAAUCACUAUCCUUGGGACAGGAGCCAAGUGGUUAGCAGUGCUGGAGGAGAAGAAUCUUAAACCGUGUGAAACCCAUAACCUUCAAACGCUGCACACCAUCCUGUCGACCGGUUCACCCCUCAAGCCUCAAAGCUACGAGUACGUCUACAAGCACAUAAAGAGCGGCGUUCUGCUCGGAUCUAUCUCAGGUGGCACAGAUAUCGUUUCCUGCUUCAUGGGUCAGAAUGUGUCCAUUCCGGUUUACAAGGGUGAGAUCCAGGCGCGGAAUCUUGGAAUGGCGGUGGAAGCUUGGAACGACGAAGGCAAGCCAGUUUUGGGGGAAAGCGGAGAGCUGGUUUGCACCAAGCCCAUGCCUUGCCAGCCGACGCACUUUUGGAACGACGAGAACGGGAGCAAAUACCGGAAGGCGUAUUUUUCGAAAUAUCCAGGCAUUUGGGCUCACGGCGACUAUUGCAAAAUCAACCCCAAGACCGGAGGUAUCGUUAUGCUUGGCCGCAGCGACGGCACGCUGAACCCGAGCGGAGUCAGGUUUGGGAGCUCUGAGAUCUAUAACAUAGUGGAAGCUUUUGAGGAAGUGUCCGACAGCCUCUGUGUCCCUCAGUACAAUAAAGACGGCGAAGAAAGGGUGAUCCUCUUCCUGAAAAUGGCCACCAACCAGGAGUUCAGUCCGAACUUGGUGAAAGGAAUCAGGGAAGCGAUUCGCUUUGCUCUCUCAGCCCGACACGUUCCCAGCCUCAUCCUAGAAACCGAAGGCAUUCCGUACACAAUAAACGGGAAGAAAGUCGAAGUGGCUGUCAAACAGAUCAUCGCCGGCAAGGAAGUUGCUCAGCGGGGAAUCUUCUCCAACCCGGAGACGCUGGACCUUUACCGAAACAUUCCCGAACUGCAGGACUUCUGAAGGGAUCUGCCUUUUUCCAUCUCUUGAUGUUCAUGUGUGUGUGUGUGUGUGUGUGUGUGUGUGUGUG